AUGUUGCCCAUCAACGGCAACAGAGUUACGCACCUGGUUGAAUCUGUGGUCGCCGGUUUUCGGCGAAGGAAGGGACAGUAAUUCCAUUUUAUGUAAACAGUUGGGUAAUUGUUUUGUUUCUCGUCUACUUGUUCAUUUUUAUUUGAAAUGAGCGAUCAUGGUUGUAUACAUCUGAAUAAUUUUAAAGCUGCAAAAGGGAUCCAGCCAUACCGUAUAAUUCACACGUAUUUUGUUGCGUGCACGACAGCUGAGGCCCGAAGUAGAAAGGCCCUUGCAUGUUUUUGUCAUGUAUGCAACAGUAUUGGAUCUCGCCUACAUUCAUGUCUCCAUUGUAUUUUUUUUGGUUGUUACAUUGGUGGACAUAUUCAAGAGCAUGCAAAACUCAAGAAACAUUUCUUAGCUGUCGACCUUGCAUAUGGAGCCGUAUUCUGUUUCCAGUGUGGUGAUUAUGUGUAUGAUCAAGAAUUGGCAACUGUAGCUCGUGAGCAUCGACUAAAGGCAGCAAAGUCACUUGGCAUGCCAACUGUCUAUCAUUCCUGGGAACCAAGUCGUUAUGAAAUAGAGCUUCUUCGACGAAAUCCACGUAGGAGGAAACUAAUUAAAAACACUACAGUAGGUCUUCGUGGUCUUCUUAAUUUAGGUAACACUUGCUUCAUGAAUUGCAUUGUGCAAGCCCUCAUUCAUACACCACUCCUUCGAGAUUUCUUCCUUGCUGACCGUCACCUGUGUCAGUUUCAAGAUGAACCUGGUCGAUGUCUUGUGUGCGAAGUGUCCAGACUGUUUCAGGAAUUCUACUCUGGUAAUAAGGCACCCCUGACCCUUCAUCGCCUGCUUCAUCUCAUCUGGACACAUGCACGGCACUUAGCAGGCUAUGAACAGCAAGAUGCACAUGAGUUCUUUAUUGCUGCCCUGGAUGUAAUGCAUCGCCACUGUAAGGAAUCCAACCCUCUUCCAACUACAAACCCACACCAUUGCAAUUGCAUUAUUGACCAGAUCUUCACUGGAGGACUCCAGUCUGAUGUUGUAUGCCAAGCUUGCAAUGGAGUGUCAACAACAAUAGAUCCAUUUUGGGACAUCUCUCUGGAUCUUGGUCCAUCACCAAACUCAGAAGUUGAAUCUGGAAAUAGCAGCAAUGAGAAUCAGAGUCAGUCUUCUGACCUGCAGCAACAGGAGCAGGAUCGCACAUCGUUAGUGGAUUGUCUGGAGAGGUUUACACGAGCAGAGCAUCUUGGAUCAUCUGCAAAAAUCAAAUGUAGCAAGUGUCAGAGCUAUCAGGAGUCAACAAAGCAAUUGACCAUGAAGAAGUUACCUGUAGUUGCAAGCUUUCAUCUGAAAAGAUUUGAACAUUCCAAUCACUUCCACAAGAAAAUAAAGACAUUUGUGGCAUUUCCGGAACAUCUUGAUAUGACACCAUUCAUGUCACACUGUCGGAACCACAAUAACAACAACAAUAUCAACACAUUCAGAGGCCUCAAUUCUGUAACUGUACCUGAUAAUAGGUACUCAUUAUUUGCUGUGAUAAACCACAUAGGUUCCUUGGAUGCAGGCCACUAUACUGCAUUCAUUCGUCAGCAGCGUGAUCAUUGGUUCAAGUGUGAUGACCACCUCAUCACAAGGGCAAAUCUCCAGGAAGUUUUGGACAGUGAAGGCUACCUGCUGUUUUAUCAUAAACAAAUCCUGGAGUAUGAAUGAAUCGAAGGCAGACUGGUGGAGUGUUCAGGAAGGUGCUGCUAGUUACUGAAUGUACUUGCAGUCAGUGUGGGAUAGCCAUGGAGGCGGCUGUGGCUUAUAGUUUUAAUGUAAUACGCUUAUGUCUUCUUGAAACUUGUGAAUGAAUUAUGGUGGUCACAUAACUUGUUGGUAGAAGUUAUAUUUAUUGCUAAUGUGUAUAUAGGAUCCUGCUUGUUUUGUAUUGAUGGAAACAACAUUAUUCAGUAUUAUGUCUGUGUCUUGUAAAUGCCAUUUUCAUCUCAAUAGAGUAUCAGCUUAUUACUAUAAAACUGCCAUAAUUUUGGAUUAUUGUGGUUAGUAUAUACUGGAAUUUCACGUUUUGGCCUAGAUGUUGUAUACAUUAUAAUAUACAAGACGUUCUUGUUCAGAAUAACUUCAACUGAAAAUGUGCAUCAAAUGAGGAACAAAUGAGUUAUUAUUCUAAGUGCAUAACUUUUUGAUCGCAUCUUUCUUAUUUUACUUUCCUGAUGUUUACUAUCAAAUCUUUGCUGUGUGUAAUUUAUUCUACAAACAGUGAAUUCAUCUACUCUUGGAGCAUACUGGAAAACAGUGAAAAAAUUAUAAUGUUUAUGACUCUUGAGAUGAGGUGGAGUAGUGCAGUCAGUAUAGUGGCUGUGGACUGGAUGGCCACAUGUGUAAUAGGAUUAAGUAUGUAGAAAUGUAUGUUCAUAUUUAUAACUUGUGGCUUCUGCUUGAAGGAAAAUCAUUAUUUAUCAGUUUAUUACUAAUCAUGAGGUUACUUGGGAAAAUAUUUUGGUCUAAGAGGGAUGAAGUGGAUGGAGAAAGUGAGGCACAUGGAGAUCUUCACCAAACACAAAGUGAUGAAAUCAAGGAGGAUUAGAUUGGUAGGGCAUGCAGCAUGCAUGGAGUAGAUGAGAGAUCAGGUUUUUGGGUGGAAAGCCUGGAAGGAAGGGGCCAUUCAUAAGACUGAGGCAUAAGCCGGAGAAUAUUAUUGAAAUUAAUCUUGGGGAAAUUAGAUUUGAAGCUGUGUAUUGGAUUAGUCUGGAUCAGAAUAGGAAGCAGUAUCAGGCUCUUGUGAAUGUUGUAAUGAUUCUUUGGGUUCCAUCAAAUGCUAAGAAUUUCUUGAAUAGGUGAGCAUACUAUUUGUUAUCUUCUUAAUAAAGACUCUGCUACAAGUGGUUAGUUAAUAUAGAAUAUGGAUUUUAGAUGCAUCAGUUUCCAUUAUUUAUCAGAAAAUUAAUAAUGGCAGUUGAUGUAAUUUCCAAUUGUAACAUUAUCUCACAAUUUUGCUGUUGCAUUUAAGUUUUAAAAUUCCAUGACCCAAAUUACAAAUGUAGCUAUAUAGUCUUGUAUUGUUCUCGAAGAAGUGUCAGACAUAAGAAAUUUUCAGAAAACAACAUAUACAAAAUACGAACAUGAUUUGAAAAAUUUAAACAAUUUAUGGUUCAGAAGGAUUGACAGUAUCUGUGAAAGAAUGAGUAAUCUUACUGAUAUUUCAGUCAUAUACAUAUCAUUGUAUCUGUGUAUUGAUGUGAAAGAUGACCUUGUUUUGAGAUUAUAUUGAUGCACCUUUUCAGUCAGUUGCAUUUUCCAGAACUGCCUAUUUUUAGAAAGGCACAGUGUGUCUAGAGUAUUGUUAUUCAGUAGUUAAAUCAGCUUGAUUUAUAAAAAUUAUUGUCUUUUUA